CUGCGCGAAGAUGAAAAUUCUGGACUUGGUUGUUUUAACGCUUUUUUUUUUUCCUCCCCGUCUACAGAUUGUAGGCUCCCACAUGCUGCAGUAUCUCACUGUCGUCUCAUCACAAAACGCCACCACAACUGUGGAGCUGGACGGGGAGACCUUCGUGUCCUACAGCAGCAGUGACACAGGGGUGAUUCCCAAGACCGAGUGGAUAAAGAAGAUCGAUGUUGAUGUGCCAGAUUACUGGAAAAGUGAGAAAUCCCACAUGUCAGGUGACCACUUGGACCUCCAGUAUCAUCUAAGCCGUGUGGAGGAGCUCCUUCAUCAAACCAAAGGAGCUCCUACACUAACCAGGACGUACACAUGUGAGAUCAGUGAUGACAACACAACUAGAGGAUCACUCCAGAUCCUUUAUGAUGGAGAAGAUUUCAUCAGGCUGAAUCUCAGCAGUGGAACCUGGACUGCAGACAACCAUCAAGCUGAGCAGUUCCUGAAAGUCUGGAAAAAAGAAGCUGAAUACUGGACGCACUACCUGAACCACAGAUGCAUCAAGUGGUUAAAGCAGUAUCUGACAUACAGGAACAGUGUGAAUCCAGCAGGUGGAGGAGCAGGUGGAGGAUCAGAUGGAGGAGCAGGUGGA